CUUCCGUCACAGGUAGUCGUGAAAACGUCAAGUCAAAAAAGUAAAAACUACGUUAUCUAGGCCUAGCGACUGACAUUUUUCAACAGUUGAAACAUUCAAGUAAUUGCUUCAUAUCCAGAAACACAGAGGCGGGCAGCAUAGGCUAUCUGACGGUGAAAUAUUAACAGUGAACAUAUUCAAGAUGGAGGAGGAAGUUCCAAGCGGGAGUGACAACAUCGUGACUGAGUUUAACACAUACGAAGACUUUCUCGACUCCCAAAUAACGUCACUAGAUCUGUACUACCUCGAGGAUGAAGAGCUUGCACGUCAGCUGGUAGAAUUAGGUUACAGGGGCAGUGGAGAAGUUCUAAAGCGAGAGGAGUUUGAGGCUCGCAAAGCUGCUGCUGAAGCAAGCAGAUUGUCAAAGAGAAGUCAGCAAAAAACUCUAGCAAGCUCUGGUAAAGAAUUGAAAGAUCCAUUGCUGAAAACUUUAGCACAAAGGGAAGAAGCCAACAGAACAGGCAAAAUGACUACCAUUGUGUUUAUCCGGGACAAGAAUGCUCGUGGACAGGAAAUCUCGGGAUACAUUGACUACGCCCACAGACUGAAAACUGAGGAUUUUGAGCCCUAUUUUUCUGGUAAAAAGAGACUUCUGCCAAGACCAUCUGAUUUAAGUUUCUAUAACUGGGAGACACAGACGUCAACAUCAAAUCCCACUCCUAACUACCAGGUGAUAGCAGAGAAUGCUUCUGGUCUCCUCUUCAAAAAUAAAAGAGACAGGAAGAUUUUAAAUGUUGAUCCCAAAGCAGCCUCUCCAGGGGAUAAUUCCACCAGAACUGUGAUUGAUAAAACCAAAUAUAUCCAAGUCGUUCUUUAUGAUCAUAUCACCAGGAGGAAGACGUAAAACCAAGAACAAAUUUUGUGUCCUUAAAUCAGUAUUUUUCCAUGUACAUGUGUAAAUAUAUGAACUACAAUGAAACUCUGAUUUUUUUUUUUUUUUUGGCUGUGAUAAAUAAAAUAGAUUUAUUAGUGUACUGAGGCUCUAAUUUUUUAAAAAUGCUUUUUAAGUGUACUGGUAUACAUGAUUGUGACAUUACAGAAUUGAAUGUCUCACAGCAGAAUUUGCUGUUGACUGCUUCACUUGGGA